AUGUGCUAUCUGGCAGGAUGUGAUGGCAUUGACGGGACUUUCCAAAGACUCGAUGAGUCCCUCCAGUUUGCUCACCGGAUCAGAGCUUGGAGUAAAAGCCACCUCAGACAAGGCUCAGCAGUGGCUGGUUUGAUCGAUGCAAGGUCACAGACACUGGAGACAGACCUCGAUACCCUGCGAUAUGAACUACACGAAAUGGGCUCCAGCAUCGCUAAUGGCGUUCCCGCUUAUAUUGGGGAACUCUUGGGGAGAAUAAAAAGAUGUAUCGCUGUUUUGACAGAACUUGUUGACUUCUAUGGCAAUAACAGAGAACAGGGGCGCUCCGAUGCCCUAGAUGCUCUGUUUGCCUCCCAGUUCAUUCUGGACAUUGAUGAAAGAACGGGCUACCCUAAAUCCCUACCGAAUCAGCAAGGACUUGUGAAGAUGGCUAUCGAUAUUUCCGAGACCCUAGGGAACACAUCAUUAGCUGGUGCCUCUCCGGUUCCCCAAGUGGAGGCGGUGCUAUCGUUCGAGGAGCAUCGGAUGCUCGAGCCGCGAUACGUACAUACCUAUAACAAGACCGAGGACGUGCCUUACGAGCAAAAGGCAUUCGAACCCAUCGCCAAGGGGAGCUUCGGGGCAGUCGUUAGGGUAGAGCACAAGAACACCUCUGAGGAACUUGCGAUGAAAACUUUCUUCUGUAAUGAUCGGAGCAAGAUCCUUCAGGAGAUUGGGGUUCUGGAAGUUUGCAAUCACCCCAACAUCGUCAAACUGGUCGAAGCAUUCACUGUUGCCAACGACGACAGAUAUGAAGAAGACAACGGCGUCAUUCAUCUCAUAUUGAGACCCUGGGCUCCCUACACCCUCGAAGACUUUUUGAACCCAGGCGCACCACGGUCCGACCUCUGCAUCUAUCGUAUCAUGAAGAAGUUGGCACAAGCUGUGGCUUAUAUGCAUGGACGGUCAAUCAAGCACAAGGACAUCAAGCCCGACAACAUUUUGCUCCACGAACCCAAUUCCCCAGACAUUCGUCCUCUUUUGACCGAUGUUGGCGUGAGCAAAGUAUUCAUCCGUGGGGGAUCAACCAAUUUUGACGACUGCUCAUAUAUUUUCCUCGCCCCAGAACAAGUCGCCCGGUUGGAGAGCAAUCUCCGUGCGGAUAUAUGGCAGCUCGGAUGCUGCUUUGCAUUGAUGCUAGGUGUGGCAAAGAAAGGCAGAGCCGGACGAGAUGAACUGUGGGAUAGCUUUUGCAGGACAAAGGAUCGACGGUCGUGCCAGAUUGCUUCAGAACAUGAGCACUUCAUGAAGAGUCUCAAGGCCUUGUGUGACGAAAGCCUGUCUAGGCGCGAAGCUUUGAACAACCAGCUGGCGUAUGAGCUUGUAUCAGGAAUGUUGGACAAGAACCAUGAAACGAGACUGGAGAUUCAUCAAGUCUUGUCACGCCUUGAUCAACUCGUCGCCCAGAUGGGCACAGUUGCCAUGGGUGAUGUUGAAAUGUCGUAUUUGUGAUGAACGGAAGACACUGUGGACGGUUAUCAUGGCGUUUAGAUAUCUCGGAGGAGCAAGUCUCCAAGUUCAACGGGCAGGACUCAGAUUGUUUAGGCUUGUUAACGGUAAUAUAUCGAGUGCCAAAAGAGUAUAAUUAAGGUACCUCACUUGAGUAUCAAUACAAUUGACAUUUUCACGGUCACAGUCAAAA